AUGAGCACCUUCCUCAACCUCCCCUCGCCCCCCCUCCCCCCGCACCUCGCCACCCUCCGCGCCGCCGCCCUCCGCCAAGAGCCCGGCUCCGGCUUCUCAACCAACAUCCGGCCGCUCCGCACGCGACGCACCGCCGCCGCCACAUCCCACGGACCCGACCCGCUGACCAACGAGACCAUGCUGCAGGGCUUCGAGUGGUACGUGCCCGCCGACGGCGCCCACUGGCGGCGGCUGGCGCGCGUGCUUCCCGCGCUGGCGGGGCUGGGCGUGAGUAAGUUGUGGAUUCCGCCGGCGUGUAAGGCGGCAUCGAGCGAGGGGAAUGGGUAUGAUUUGUAUGAUUUGUGGGAUUUGGGGGAGUUUGAGCAGAAGGGUGGGGUGGCGACGAAGUGGGGGACGAAAGGGGAGUUGGAGGGGUUAGUGGAGGUUGCGGGGGGGUUGGGGGUGAGGGUGUUGUUUGAUGCGGUGUUGAAUCAUAAGACGGGGGCGGAUUUUUGUGAAGGGAUAUAUGCGAGGAGGGUGGACGAGAAAGAUCGGAGGGUUGAGGUGAGCACGGAAAGUGAGGUGGGCAAAGCAAGAAAGGUUGAGACGAUGUUGGCGUGGACGGGGUUUAACUUUCCGGGUAGGGACGGGAGGUAUAGCGAGAUGAGGUGGAAGAACGAUCAUUUUACGGGGGUGGAUUAUGAUUAUGCCACAAAGAAGCAUGGGAUAUGGAAAUUGGAGGGGAAAGAAUGGGCUGAUGAUGUUGAUGAGGAGCUGGGAAACUAUGACUUUCUGUGGGUUUCACUUCCCUCGGAUCCCGAACAUCCUGAAGUUAAGGCAGAUUUGUUUCGGUGGGUGGAAUGGCUCCCCCAGCAGAUGAAAUUUGGUGGCUUGCGGCUUGACGCCAUCAAGCACUACAGCUUCCGCUUCCUCCGGGACUUCGUAACCCACAUCAGGGAGCAUGUGGACCCAGACUGGUUCAUUGUGGGCGAGUACUGGCGUGAAGACUCUGAAUACCUCGCCAGAUUCAUCGAGUUUAUGGGACACCAAAUAUCGUUGUUUGACGUGCAGCUCGUGUCAAAUUUCAGCAAGGUUUCCAGCUUGGGCGAGCAAGGGGAUUUGACCAAGGUGUUGGACGAUUCCUUGACCUUGUGGAAACCGGAUAACGCCGUGACGUUUGUUGUCAAUCAUGAUACUCAAGCAGGACAGUCCCUAGAGCUUUGGGCGUACGGCUCACAAUAUGACUAUUUCGACGACCCCCGGUGUGUGGGGUUCACACGUCUAGGACACCACUCCAAAUCCGGUGGCCACGGCCUGGCUGUGGUUAUGACGAACGCGUGGGAGUACGCGACCAAGCCCAUGUUUGUGGGCCGGCAGCAUGCGGGAGAGGCGUGGACCGACUUGCUCAGGUGGUGUCCAGGCCAGGUGGUCAUUCGUGAUGAUGGUUGGGGGGAUUUUCCCGUCGGCCAUCGCAGUGUUGCCGUCUGGGUGAAUUCUCAGGCCGAUGAUAGGGCAGAAGUGGAUACACUUGUGUUUGACUUCGACAUCUAUGGCGACGACCACACCCAAGGGGCUGCACCGAGGGAAACUACGCUGGAUGAAACUUCGUAA